UCUGCUGCCACCAGUGGGUGAGGAGGCAGGGUAGAGGGUAAGAAGCUGGAAGUUGUGGGUGCAACAUGGUUUGAUGUUCCUCUACCCUCCUUUGCCAAAUCUGAAUCCAUCCCUGAACUUGGCUAACUAUCUUUCUCUGUACAUACUCUGUGCUUAUGGUGCCACUGACUUCUUUUUUUCUCUCUCUACAUUGUCUUACUCUUAUUGGUAUGAGAGUUGCAACUGUUCCUCUCAAAUUCUCUAGCCGUCCUGCAUUUCUCUAGUUUAUUGAACACAUCUCUUCUUCACAGUUCUUUCUCUACUUAUUUUAAAAUUGUAAUAACUGUCAUCUUAAAUACUAGAUAGGGUGAUUGAGGCAUUGUGGUUUUGGAGCUAGGGUCUUUUUCAGUAAUGCUAGGGAAGUUAUGAGGGCCUCAAUAUUGGGUAUGGUUGUAGACAUACAAGGAGUAGUUGGAAGGUGAUAAGAGUGCAGCAAACAAUGAAAAAAAAAGGUAGAGCGAUGAUGACAAGGAAAAGACAGGGAUUGGAGAGAGAAUAAAAAUGAAACCAGGAUCUGAGUGGGAAUGUGGAAAGGAAAUUAAUGUGAAAUUAGGUUUAUAAUAGAACAAGAGAGAGAUGGAUGCAGGAGAAGUUACACAAAGAGUGUAGUGGUGUAGUGGGAUUAUUAUGUAUGCUGUCUCUACAAGAGAGUAUAGGGGUAAAGUUAAGGACUUCUUUGGCUGAAGAAAACUUCAUAUAGUACAGGUCCUCAUUCAACAAACAACUUGAAACCCAUGUCUAAGUGCAAGCGUCUGAGUAGCUCCAUUAUUGAAUAUUCUCACUGUAGAGGUGGUGGAAUGCCCAUGCCUUGUGGCUUGAUCCACUGAAGUGGAAAAAUCAUCACUGAAUACAGUGAGCUUUGUAUCAGGUUCUGGAGGGGACAGAUAAAUCAGACUAGAUAGAGCACAAGCUAAAUAACGUGCAGAGAACAUUCAUAUGCUGGUAUAAAGAUGGAUUAGCUGGGUUUUUUUCUCUAACAUUUAUGAUUCUAACAUUCAGCUUUGUGAUUUUUAUUUUAGUAUUCAUGUUCCUGCAGCCUUUUUUUACAUUUCUCAGUAUUUCACUGGCAGACAUCCCACAGCUCCAUAAGUCUGGGGGAAGCGGGUGGUUAGCAUGUUGCUGUGGGGAUUUGAGUCUUAAUGUUCUAUGCUGGUAAUGCUAGGAAUAUUUUUAAAAAACUUAUAUGAUACAAUGGUAGAUAAUUAUUUUCCCCAUUGUAUAUCACACCCUAAUUUUGGGAAGGGAGAGAUUUCAAAUCAUUUAAAAAAAGUUCUGGACUUUUAGAAAGGAAAAUAGAAAGAAGGGAGUGACUGGCAUCAGUCUGGAUAGCAGUCAGGCUGGAAGAAGAUUGCUAUUUCUGUCGGUCAUCAAAGAUGUUAGCAGUCAGCCAGCUAUUUCUUAGGAAGAGAAACAGAGAGAGAAAAGGAAGAUAGCAGAUAUGAUUCUCUGAAAAAGAGCAGUGCUACACAGUGCAAGCAUGGCUUUCGCCCAGUCGCACAUUAUGGCAGCUAGAAGGCAUCAGCACAGUCGACUCAUAAUAGAAGUGGAUGAGUACAGCUCAAACCCCACACAGGCUUUCACGUUCUACAACAUUAACCAGGGACGUUUUCAGCCCCCACAUGUGCAAAUGGUGGAUCCUGUACCCCAUGAUGCUCCCAAGCCUCCAGGAUAUACCCGGUUUGUCUGUAUUUCUGAUACUCACUCAAGAACUGAUCCAAUACAAAUGCCAUAUGGAGAUGUUUUAAUACAUGCUGGUGAUUUUACUGAGCUGGGACUUCCUAGUGAAGUUAAAAAAUUCAAUGAGUGGUUAGGUAGCCUUCCAUAUGAAUACAAGAUUGUAAUAGCAGGAAAUCAUGAACUGACCUUUGACCAAGAGUUCAUGGCAGACUUAAUCAAGCAGGACUUUUACUACUUCCCAUCUGUAUCUAAGCUGAAGCCAGAGAGCUAUGAAAAUGUACAGUCUCUUCUAACAAAUUGCAUCUAUCUUCAGGACUCUGAAGUGACAGUGAGGGGAUUCAGAAUAUAUGGCUCCCCUUGGCAACCUUGGUUUUAUGGCUGGGGCUUUAAUCUUCCACGAGGCCAAGCACUAUUAGAGAAAUGGAACCUUAUUCCAGAUGGAAUAGAUAUUCUUAUAACACAUGGACCACCUCUUGGUUUUCUAGAUUGGGUUCCUAAGAAGAUGCAAAGAGUAGGAUGUGUUGAGCUGCUGAACACAGUCCAGAGACGAAUACAGCCCAGGCUUCAUGUUUUUGGACAUAUCCAUGAAGGUUAUGGAGUAAUGGCUGACGGAACUACUACCUAUGUGAAUGCAUCAGUGUGCACUGUGAAUUACCAGCCACUCAAUCCACCUAUAGUUAUUGACUUACCUACCCCAAGGAACACAUGAUUAGUAUAGGGAUUUAAUGCUGUAUAAACACACUGGCAACUUUAUAAUGGUGACUAAGAAGCCCAGUAAGUAACUGUUCAGAAAAGAAGCACAAACUCUUCAAUUUUUCUUUUAGUUCUUCUUGGAGAAAUCUGUGACAAAGAUGAAUGGAAAACAAAGACAUUUUGGUACCAUUAUCUGCCAAAAGCAGAUCAAAGACUACCAUUUCAUCAUUAAAAUAUUUGUGAACACACAGAAGUGAAUGCAUUCCAUGUAUGUAUCAAGUAGGAGUUUCUGUAUAUACCAUACAUUAUAUUGAACUUAUUAUUAAAAGAACAAUGUCUUUUCAAAGAAAUGUUUCUUUUAAAAUGUUUACAGUUUAAACAUGAAUGUUUAGACUAGGAUUUCAUCAUUGAAAAUAUUUCCCAGUGAGCACUUGGUAAAAGGAAGCACAGUGAUAUUUCUGCUGAAUUAAUAUGGCACAUAUAAUAGUACCAUAUUUAGCCUGUUAAUUGAAGCAAGGUAUUAUUCCAAAUCCUUCAAGUCUAUCUUUUCAUCCUUUUCAAGCCAGUACAGUACAAGCUUCUUCUUCACUGUACUGUAAUGCAGUCUAAUUAAAUCUAACAUUAUAGAUGGAAAGAGAAAUGGAGUGUAGCACCAAGGUGCUCUGAACAGCUUGAACAUUCUAGAAAGGAGAUCAGGCUAAAUGCAGAACAAGUAUAGGAACUGGUAUCUUGGCCCUACCUGUGAAAAGUGGUUAUGUUCAUAUUUAAAAGUUGCUUAUAUCUUAAUCAUAGAAUCCUAGAAAAUUAGGGUUGGAAGGGCCCUCAGGAGAUCCUACCUUAAUGUGGGUAGGACUAGAUGGAUGGGUUGAAAUUAAUAUGGCAGGUUGUGUGUGACGGCAUGUAAAA